AUUUACAUGUUAUUACCUCGAGCUUUUGGCUAAGAUUUUUCACCAAUUCUCUUAAACAUUCUCCUUAGUUUCUGAAACUACCCUCAUCGGGUCUCCAAGAGGCCAAGAAAGGACCUCUUUCUCGGCUUCUCGGAGUCUCAUCAUUAUCUUUUGUUCCACAUUUUCUUCCUCCACACGCAACCUCCAAAACAAAAAAUCCCUAAAUUUUUUUUUUUUAAAAACAAAUGGAUUCCACGGAGAUAAAACGUGUGUUCCAAAUGUUCGACAAGGACGGAGACGGAAAGAUCACUACAAAGGAGCUCAGCGAGUCAUUAAAGAACCUCGGGAUCAUGAUACCCGAAAGCGAGCUAACGCAGAUUAUCCAAAAGAUCGAUGUUAAUGGUGACGGUUGUGUUGACAUCGAAGAGUUUGGAGAGCUUUACAAGACGAUAAUGGUGGGAGACGAGGACGAGGUAGGAGAAGAAGAUAUGAAGGAAGCGUUCAACGUGUUUGAUCGGAACGGAGACGGGUUUAUCACGGUGGAAGAAUUGAAAGCGGUUCUAUCUUCCUUGGGACUCAAGCAAGGUAAGACCUUGGAGGAAUGUAGGAAGAUGAUAAUGCAAGUGGACGUUGACGGUGAUGGUAGGGUUAAUUACAUGGAGUUUAGACAAAUGAUGAAAAAGGGUCGCUUUUUUAGCUCAGUGAGCUGAUAUUAACUUUUCAUUUCUUUUUUUUCCUUUCUUUUUGUUUUUAAUUUUUUGUUAAUUUAUUUAACCAUUGCGGUCUAGAAGGAAAAUCAUAAACGAAAUAUAUCAUUGUGAUGAGUGAUGAUGCUUUCUCCAACAUUAAAUUUGUUUAUAUUCAGAAACAACGUUUGAUACAAUAUAACGAUUGAUGAGUAUGCAUUAUGUAGAAAUUCAUAUAAGAUAGGAUUCAAUCAAUACGUCUAGAGUCUGCCCGUUUACAGGGGUCUUAACAAAAGUGUAACGGGAUUUAAAGUUUUGAGCCUAGAACAAUGUUGGAAUUACCUUUAUUGGACGAUACUAAUUGGUAUUACAAUUUUCGUAUCGCCGUCACGUUUGUUUUCAUCGGGCAAACUCGCUAGUUAUUGAACUUAAUUAUUAACCACUAAAAUAGAGAACAAUUCACUGUUACUGUUAAGAGAAACUGCAACUCAACUGAAAUCCAAAUUACAAACACCAAAUUGAAUCGUCGUUCUUAGAAUCCAAGUUCCAUGUGAUAGAGCCUAGAAGAAGAAUCAGCUCUAACAACAAUGAAACAAACCCUAAAGAGUUUACAGAGAGAAUUGGAGAAGAAGAAGAUUACCAAACUUUUACAAUUUUCCGAUAUGAUUCCGCAAUCUAAUCUCUGCUUCCUUUAUAAGCCACUUCUUCUGUUGUAAGACAAAGCAAUCGUAACCAUUGCUUUCUCAUUCAAUCUCCACCCUACACGUAUCUCUUAUUGAACUCUCUCUUUUACUGUAUCAGUUACUUAGUCCAUAAUUUGAUAUGUUUUGGUGCAAGGUUAACAGUACUUAAACUAUUACAUCAAGGGCACACUUAACAAAGGAUGAUUCUCAAUUGUAAUUGUACGAUUAAGACCAAUUGGAUUUCCCAAUUUAGAAAACAAAGCCUCAGUAAGAAUCCAUAAAUCUUCUUAGAAAUUGCAGUUUCUGCCAAGGGGUUCUCCCUGAAAACAGGGUCUCAGCUCCACUGCACCUCGUCAAUUGGAUUAUAUCCUCAUCGGCAACCAAUUUGAAAUUCAUAUACCAAAGGUUUCAAUUGUUUCGGUUCAGGUUUCAAUUGUUUCGGUUCAAGGUUGAAAAUACUUAGCUAUUGGAACACGGGCACACUCAAAACAUAAUAUUCUCCCCAUUGUAAUGGAUCAGUUACACCAAUUAGAUACCCCAAUAGCAUAGAAUCGUAAUUAAGAUCACCAAACACUAAAACAAUUAACCAAAAAAAAA